AUGGCUUCGCUGGGAUUUACCAGAGUCGCAAUGCUUACGGACCAUCGUCAAUGCCCAUCAGAUCUGAGCAAGUCCGCCUUGGAGUCGAUGCGACAUGCAUGGAGAGGCACAAAUGAACUCCAGGGCUCGAUCGACUUUCUGAAUGCGGCAAUGCGAGACACUUCCGAUGACAAGAGGGCAAGAUGCGAUGCCUCGUUGCCGAGAAUGCUCUAUCUCACCGUCUCACUGAGUCCGAUCGAGACUGUGCGGUGCCCCGAAGUCGCCGCAGCCAACAAACGAGUCUUCCGAACAUUCAAGCGCAAGGCGAAACAGGAAUUGGACGACCGCCGGCAUCACAUUCAUACGUGGACGACCAUGUGUUCCAGCAAAGUCAGAGGCUAUGUGCAGACCGGAAGCUUUCUUACCGGAAUGGCGGCAGGCGGCAAUGUCACACCGUUGAUUUACGGUAAUCGUCUGCUCGAACAUCUUGCCGAUGCUGAAGCGCGGGCGUGGCUUUCACCCCCAAGGUCAGGGGAUUACACUGUCCUAGCGACGGUUCUUCUGUCGACCUGUGCCGGCUGA